UGUUCCGUGUGCAUGCCACAGUCUUAAUUUGAUUUUGUGUGAUAUGGCCAAGUCUUCUGUAGAAGCUAUUUCUUUUUUUGAUUUGCUGCAACUCAUUUACUUGCUGUUUUCAGCUUCCACUCAAUGAUGGCAAAUAUUCAAAGCACAUGUCAAUGGUAUUACCAUUAAGCCUCUAUCUGAGACACGCUGGGAAAGCAGAGUAGAAAGUGCAAAAACAUAGAGAUAUCAAUCUGGGGAAGUUUAUGAAGCACUGGUUGCUAUUUCAGAAGAAGCCAGAGAUCCAAAAGCUAAAAGUGAAGCACAGUCAUUGGCCUCUGAAAUAUCCAGCUUCAAGCUUCUAACAUCUGUCGUAAUCUGGUAUGACAUUCUUGUUAAAAUCUCAAGUGUAAGCAAAAUAAUGCAGAGUCCAAUGAUGCAGCUUGAUUCAACACUUACCUUACUAAACAACACACAAGACUUUUUAGUGAAAUACAGAGAAAAUGGAUUCAAAGAAGCACACGUUACAGCAACAGAGCUUGCAAGGCACUCGGCGUAGAACCAAAAGUUCCAUGUCCGAACGUGACAUGAGUUUCAAGGAAAAAUGGCAAGCAGAAUAUGAAGGCGCAGUUGAGCCCAUAGACAAUCCAGAAAAGAAAUUUGAGGUUGAGUUUUUUAAUGUUGUGAUGGAUAAAGCAAUGUCUGCCAUUGAUGAAAGGUUUAAUACCCUAAGAGCACACCAUGAACAGUUUGGAUUUUUGUAUGACAUAACUAAAUUCAACGAAAUAGGAAAACAAGAGCAGCAAAUGACAAAGUUCAAGAACCUAGAGAGCCUCCUGAAGCAUGGUGAUAGUUUUGAUUUAAAUGGACUUGAACUGUACGAAGAAUUGAGUACAUUGUCAUCAAUGUUGCUACAUGCAAAAUCGGUGAUGGACAUUGUACAGUUUAUUCAUAUCAGCAAACUUGUUGACAUAUAUCCUAAUGUGUACAUUGCCACUCGUAUUCUACUGACAAUUCCUGUAACAGUAGCAUCAGGAGAACAGAGUUUCUCAAAACUAAAACUCAUUGAAAACUAUCUCCGUUCUACAAUGAGUCAGGAACGAUUGACUGGUCUUGCUGUUCUUGCAAUCGAACAAGACAUCACUUUGUCUUUGUCAUACGAUGACAUUAUUACUGAUUUUGCAGCCAAAAAAGCCAGAAAGAUCGUUUUUAAUUAA